AUGACUUCGGCGUCGCACAGCCUCAAAUCUUCCACACACAAGCACUCAGAGAGCCUGUCGGACAGUUCAAUGUCAGUCAGUACACGCAAGGAUUCAGGCGCCAACUCGGUGUCGGCGCUCCCUACCGCUGCGGCUUUCCAGGGCCACAUCCCAAAAACAUCCAAGACCUUCCGGGUAGUCAUCAUCGGCGGAUCGUUUGCCGGCAUUCGCGCGGCGCAGGAGCUCGAGCAGCUGGUGUCACCCAGCAUGGUCACGAUCACAGUGAUCGAGAAGCGCGACAUGUAUUUUUACAACCUGGGUGCCCUGCGCUCAAUCGCCAAGCCCAGCCUGAUCGACAUGGUCUGGCUGCCAUACACCAACGUCCUCAAGCACCCGAGCAACCGCGUGAUCCAGGGUGAGGUUGCGUCCGUGUAUGCCAACUCUGUGAUCCUGUCUGAUGGCCGCAAGAUGGACUUUGACUCGCUGCUGGUCGCCACUGGCUCGAUCUACCCGCCGCCGUGCAAGCUCGAGGUGUCGUCGUCGAUCCAGGGCAAGGCCGAGAUGCGCGUGACAGCAGAGAAGGUCAAGUCGGCACACGUAAUUCUUAUUAUUGGCGGCGGUCCAACCGGCGUUGGCCUGGCAGCCGAGAUCGUCACGGAGAACCCGACCAAGACCUGUGAUCCUGGCGCACGCGGGCCCCACAUUGCUGCUCUGAAAAAGCUAAAAACCAUGGGCGUCAAAGUGCUGCUGAACGAACGCGUCAAUAUCCCCGACGACGAGCCUCUGACGUACCGGAUCGAGGGUCGCUGGCUCAAGACCUCACAGGGCCGCAUGCUGUUCUCUGAUCUGCAGUUCCUGUGCAACGGCAUCACGUUCAACACAACCAUCAUGGACACGCUCGACCCCAUAUACAAGCACGACUACAUCGACUUACGUACCAACCAGAUCAAGGUCCGGCCGACCAUGCAGAUCGGCCAUGCCGAAAUGCCCUGGAUCUUUUCUGCGGGCGAUGUCUGCAACACCAAUGGCGAAAAGCAGGCGUACCGUGCCGAUAGCCAGGGCAGCCAUGUCGCCAAGUGCAUGGCCAAGAUGGCCCACGCCUGGGCGCAGGGCGACUCGAAGUGGUACAGCGUGCCACUCAAGGCCUGGCGCGAUCCAGCACAGUACAUGUCCACUCCGUGGAUUGUGCUGGGCGACCUGCCGACGCGCGUCAUGAAGAGCAAGGAGCUUUUCCUGGCCAAGCGCUACAAGGAGUUCAACCUAGAGUUCCCUGGUCUCCCAGACUCAACCACCGGGUCGCCGUCGCACACACCGCAGAGAGCCCCCGAGCCUGCUCCCGCCAAGCCUGCCAUGAUCAACAAGACCAGCCAUGUAAGCUUGGCUGAUAGCCAUCGCAAGUUUGGCGACGUACCGCACAUGGCUGCGACAUCCAUCGCCGAGGCCACUGCUGAGAGCCUCGACUACAACCACGAGCCGGACCGGAUCUCACUGAGCCAGCCGUUUGUUGUUUCCAAAGACGCUAUGCGCAAGGACUCGAUGUUCGCAGUCACACAGAACCUGUCGCCGGUUGACUCUGCAGAGUCUGAUAGCUGCUCGGAGAUAUCUGAUAGUGAGCACGAGAACCUGUGCGAGCGUGUUCUGGCUAGCAGCCUCGCCGACAGCAGGGAUAGCUGUGACACUGGGUCCCCGACAUACAGUGUGAUCACUCCCUCUAUCAAGACACAUCCGGGCCAUGAUCACAGGGCUCUGACUGCAAGGCACUGCACAUGGCAAACAACAUGCCACCACUACCACCACCACUACCACCAUCACUAUCAUUACUACCAGAACGAUGGUCAGAACCUGGUGCCGCCGGUCCCGCCUACCCCGCCUACCCCGCCCGAGCUUGAGAUUGACUACGCACACAAGUGUGCCUUUCCGGGACUGGCAAAAUACAUCGAGCCGAGGCUUGGCAAUAUUCGCGCAGCCGAGCUACGUGAGAUCCAUAUCCGCGCGAUGGUAAGCGAGAAGGACUCACUAUCCACCAUUACUACUGUUCCCGAUUCGAUCCUGACCAGACCCGUGAUGCAAACGCUGACGCGCAUGUCGAUUACGCCGAUGAUUGACGUUCGGGUUGCACGGUGGGUGCUGAGCACGCAGAAGCAGACGCUGCGCUGGCUGGAUGUAAAUGGGUUUAAUAGCGAGCAGCUCUUGGUGCAGUGGAGAUAUCUCGAGUCGCUGACAGUGAGCAUGGUGAAUCUGAUGCCAAUACAAGCCGAGCUGCCGCUUGGAAAGAACCCGCGUGGCCUGGUAUGCAGUACAGCUUCGGCGACAAGCCCGCUGUGGCCAACUCUGCUCAAGGACAGGCGUUCCAUAUAG